AUGUCGACGGAUAACGUCAAUGGCCUCGCAAUGAACGGACCUUCCAAGACUGAUGACCAAAGCCAUCCAGCAAAUGUGGCAGCACAGGAUGACACUCGACAUGCACAGGUCCACUUGGCAGAUUAUAUUUUGCCACUGAGAGGAGACAUAGACGUGGUUGAUAUAGAAUUCUUACAAAAAAAGGGCGCUUUUAGAAUUCCCGACGAGGAAUUACGAGACCAGCUUCUGGUCAAAUAUGUUUUGUACGUCCAUCCAUUUCUCCCUUUAUUGGACCUCGAGGAAUUUUUCGCGGCAAUAGGAGGCAAACAGAAUUCAAGAAAAAUUGGACUCCUGCUGUUCCAGGCUGUUCUAUUUACAGCCGUUCCAUUCGUCGAUCUAUACCUGCUUCAGACCGAAGGCUACGAGAGCCGAGAAGAAGCUCGUAGAAAAUGUUUCGAGAAGGUCAGGCUCCUCUUUGAUUUCAAUCUGGAACUCAACCAAAUUACCCUCAUCCAAUCAGUCUUGCUCAUGACUCUCUGGUACGAGAUGCCAGAAGACAUAAAAGGCCGUUCGCACUGGCUAAAGAUUGCACUCUCGUAUGCUCACGAGAUUGGCCUCAACCGCUAUUCACAGCUUGCUGGACUCUCAGCUAAAGAGCAACAGGCAAGGAAACGCCUAUGGUGGUGCUGUUACACAAGAGAUCGAAUCAUCUCCUUGAAUGAACGUCAAAUCAUCAACAUUCGUGAUGAAGUCGUCGAGCUUCCCACCCUUGAGGAGUGCGAUUUUGAGACCAAGUAUCUUGCUGAUCGACUUGAACGCUAUCAUAUUGAUGAGCCAUUACUACAAGCUAAGGUUCUAGCCGAGCUUUUUAUCCAAAAGAUUCAACUUUGCAUGCUCUUCGGACAAGUGCUUGACACACUGUACAUUCCAAGGGGCCACCAGAGGAGCUAUAACGUUGAGACCAAAAUUGUUCUUGUACCGAAAACCAGUGCAUCUGCAGCUGGGAACAUUAUCACUCUAGAUCAAGAACUCUGUCGAUGGGCAGCUGAAUGCCGCGCGAAGCUUGAAGCACUUGCAGGCCACGAUUCAACCAGCAAGUAUUGUAUAUUGGACGUGCACCACACGCUUCUUGGUCUUCUCUACCACACUAUCCGUAGUAUGGUUCACCGACCACAUUUAUGUCAGGUUUACACUGAAGGCUCACAGGCCCAGGCGCUUCAAGCACAGUCCCAGCCGAUCCUGAGGGCUUCUGCCCAAGGAUGUACAGACCUUGCCAAGCGACUUACAAAUGAUGGUCGAAUCAAAUACUUAGCACCUAUUGGUAUCACUACCCUACUUUUCGCGGGAGUACAACAUAUAAGCGACAUCAACUCCGGCGAACUUGGUGUCCGGGCGGCGGCGGAGCAUUGUCUCGACCAGACUCUGCAGUCACUGUACAGGCUUCGAGAGGUCUAUGAUUCUGCCCGUCACGCAAUUGGCCUGCUGAGAAUUGUGCAUAGGAGUAAGACCUUAGGCAUCUUCCCCGAAGACAGAUCCGGGCACUUUCCAACUCCACAAGUUUACCCACAUUCGACAUACGGGCAGGCUACUAUACCUGGAGCACCCUACACCAACGCUGUGAGGGGCAACGGUAUUGCAGUUGGCUUACUAGAAUCGGAGCGACGAAUGACAGGUUCAUUGGACAGUCCAUCAGCCGUGGUCCAUGUGAGAAACAACUUGCCCGCCAGUUGGGAAUCUGGCCCUGAUGCAGAGGACAUGCUUGGUCUAUAUGAUCCAGUGCAAGAAUGGUUUGGUGAAUUCUUUGAAUUCCCACGUACGGGCGCAUGA